UAUGGUGUCGUGGCGUUUGCUGACGUUCACAGUCACUGGUUGACACAGUUAACCGGCUAACCGAUACCAAUUUACAGCUACGUUCGUCUGCGUUUCUUUUUCUGACAAGUGAGACACAUUACUGGAUAGAAACUCCUUUUAUAUCUCAAGAUGAGGCGCGCCGGUUUGGGUGAAGGGAGCUCUGGAAACUACGUUGCUAGUGGUUACAGUGUGUAUGAGGAAGAAAAUGAGCAUCUUCAGGAGGGGCUGAGAGCCAAAGUCACCGCUUUAAAAAGUCUGUCUAUCGACAUCGGAACGGAAGUAAAGUACCAAAAUAAAAUGCUGAAUGAGAUGGACACAGACUUUGACUCGACAGGUGGCCUGCUUGGUGCUACUAUUGGAAGAGUGAAGCAGUUAUCCAGAGGAAGCCAAACCAAACUCCUGUGCUACAUGCUGCUUUUCUGUUUUUUUGUCUUUUUUGUCUUGUACUGGUUCAUCAAGCUGAGGUGAUGGGAGAGAGGAGGAACCCUGCAGGACUUUGCCCUUUACCACUAUAUCUUCCUGCCCACUCUGUGCCAUGCUGACGUUUCUCAAAAUCAGACCAAUGCAGUAUUGAUGAUGAUGAUGAUGAUGAUGAUGGCUGUGCAGGUGGAUGGUGACAACUGGGCAGGGUCAUUAUGAUUAAUAAUUGGAUAAAAGUGUCCCAACUUUCCAUGUGCAGCAUUCUUUGUGUACAAAGUUGAGUCAUGAAGUCCAUGCUAAUGGGCAUAGACACAGAAAAGUACCAAGGAUUUCAGUUGGUCGAUGACAAUGUUAAGUAUAUGUAUUCUGUAUAUAUCUACAGCUGGAGUAGACAUAGACAGUUUACUGAACAUGUGAUAUCAGCCAAACUGACUGGAUUGAGACAGAAGGCAUGAUAUGUGUAAUAACUGUAGUUUACUUGUGUCAACAUUCAUAACACAAUAUGCAGAUUAGGUCUAUAGGAAACAGUGAGUCUGCAAAUUCAGAAUCAGGUGAAUCUGCGUUUAUGAAUGAAAGGAUCCAUUUCAGCAUUAAGUCAACAGUACAUAAUAACCUCAAUUGAAUUCAUUAUUGUUUAAACUUUGUUGUAAAAAUGUUUUUAAUGUAAAUAAACAAAUUUUAUGCUGAUUUA